AUGCGGCUGACCCACAUAAGGGACUGUGUUGACUCCAUAGAGGGUCCGGCGGCCGUGGCUGAGGUGUCCAAGGCGUUGACGGCAUUGCUAAGAGAUGUACACCAGGGCAACGAAGAGGUGGAGGGUCGGUAUAGGUACUUGGCGGAGCUGGCUCUUGCCGCUCGGGAGGAGUUGAAGAGAGUGAUGGCUGAAGAAGCUCCUCGAGAGCGUGCCCGGUUAAGGAAGCUCGAGGAUGAACUCAAUGCAUAUCACACUCAAAGGGUGGAGGAGGUUAAUGAGGCUUGGGAAAAGGAGAGGAGGAAGAUGGAUGCAUUGACGAAGCGCCUUCAAGAGAGGCUUGCUGAAUUCGGGCAGACUGGGGAUGCUAGAGGGAUUGACGGUGAUGAGGCUUCUGAGGAGACUGCGAGGACGAAUUUGGAUCUGAAGUUGGAGCUUGCACGCAUGCGCAAGCUACAUAAGCAUGCUAAUGAAGUUAACGUGGGCCUACAGUUAGAGCUGGCCAUUAUGUCGUCCAAGGUGGCUGAUCAGAAUAGGGCUCUAGAGGCAAGCAAAGGGUCUUUUCGGAGUAUGGAGGAGACUGCUAGGAUGACCUUGGAGGACCUACGUGCCACCCUGGUAGUGUAUCGAAGACUGGGCAAGACGCUAGAGCUAAUAGAACGUAAUGUUGUUCGGGGUAGGAGUGGCUCUAUGGGUGGCCAUUCUCUAUGGGAGGAAGCUUCGGAGAAGGGGUUGGAGUUAUCGCAUGUGUCCAAGUCAUUGACCCACAAGUACGUCUGCCGACGGCACAGGGACGCUAUUGGCUUUAAGACGGUUGCUCCUGAUGAGCUCCAGCGGAGGCUUAUGGCGAUGAAAGAGGGAGUCAAUGCAUUCUGCCGUAAACUGAACGACAAGCGUGGCGACUCGGUAAGAGCUGUCCCCGAGCCCUUGCCGUGGAUGAUGAGGAGGCCCUCUGUGAAAGCGGUCUUCGACACCUCCUCGCCCCUCGAGGAGACCAUGAGUUUGGACCAGACUCGGGAGCUCAGCCAUCGCCUAAUGGAUGGCUGGACGGUGGAGGCCCUCAGUGUUGUCGGCGACUUCUCACAGAAGACCAUAGCUUUUCCUGAAUACGUCUAUCAAUUCGUCACUUCAGAGCGUCUCGGGGACCACACUGGAGUGACGGGUGAAUCGAGGGGGUUUGCAGAGUUUCAGUGCCAUAGGAGGAUGGGAGAGGUUAUAGCAGCAAUAGAGAAGCACAGGGAGGAAGACUGGGCUGUCGCGGCCUUGGCGAUAAUGGUAUUUGAGAGAGGAGUGGGUCCUCUAUUCCCAGGCAUUUUCCAAGCUCUACCGCUGCGCUCUCCCGACCUUCUCACUGACGUCUUCCAAGUCCUUUCGGAGCUCAGUGCAGUCCAUAACGAGAGGGAUAGGUUCCCUGCUGACAUGCUCCUACGCCUGCUCAUGGAGGAGUAUCUAGUUGAACGGGACGAGCGGAUGGUGAGUCUGAUGGCGAUGUCCGAUGUAGCUCUGGAGGUUCGAACAUUCUUCCCUGCGUGCCCUAUGGGGUGCAGUGCAGUGGCUAUGGCCCUAACAAGAGAGGCUAUGAGAGUUCAUCCUGAGGGGAUAGUGGACACCAACAGUCUUAGGGUUGCCGUGGAAGAAGGCAAUCUUAUGUGCCAUCAGUUGGUUGUUCAUAUGUUCGUAUCUGGGCAGUCAUGCUGUGUGGUGGUGUCGAAGUGGUUAGAAGAGCUGAUGGCUUUGGUGAGCAGGGCGAUGGACGUCAAUGAGCUGGAGGGCACUGCCUCCCACUUGGCUCUACUGUCCUCUACGACGGCCAUACACAGAGUCCUCACAUGUGAUCCUCAUGAUAAGACGUCAUUCUGUGGGGGUCUCCAGCAGAUAGUGAACCUGUACGCGGAGGUGUUGGUAGCAGUAAUGCAGACGGGGUUGUAUUUCAAGGGAGGGGCUCCCUCGGAUAAGCCUGGUCUGCAGGGCUCGGCUGAUGUGAAGGUACUGGGCCUCACUGAGAGGGCUUUGGAGAGCAUGUUGAAAGUCAUGAAGCGUUUCCUCCAUCAUACGCUGUGA